AUGGAUGGUUCUCGUAACGGUCACAUUGAAGUAGUCAAGCUCUUGCUUGAAAAUGGUGAAACGCUAACUAGCGAUCACGGGUGGACACCGCUUUACGCUGCUUCAGCCAGUGGACACACAAAAGUAGUCGAGUUACUACUAGAGAAGGACGCCGACCUAAGUGUGGCGAGUAAAUGGGGCCACACGCCGUUCAGUGCUGCUUCGGGCAAUGGGGAUAUGGAGAUGGUGAAGCUGCUGCUAGGGAAGGGCGCCGAUCUGACUAUCCUAGAUACCGACGGGCUGACGUCGCUGCAGGCUGCUUCGCUUUGGGGUGACAAUGGGUGA